CACACAAACACACACACACAUAAAACGCCCAAUAAAUUACAGUUGCAGGCAGCGUACACAUAAAAGUUUUAUAACAAAAAAGCAAAAUAAAUAACAUACAAAUAUAUAAGCACAUACGUAUAUAUAAAUAAAUAUAUAUACAUAUAGAAGAAAUUAGGGCCUAUUAAAGCGCUUAAGUACAAGCAAACAAAAACAUUCCAAAAUAACAGAGUUACAACCUUGCUGCUGCUGCUCUCUUGCAGUGUAACCAAAGUGUAGAAAAAUAAAAMGAAAAAAAAAAAAAAAAUAAAACAAUAAAAAAAAAAAAAAACGCCGCCGCAACACAUUUAUCAAUAAUGAAUUUCUUGGGCUUUGGCCAAUCAGCCGAAAUUGAAAUUGUCUUCGAUGGAGCGGAGAACAGGAAAACCGCCGAGGUCAAAGGCGAGGAUGGCAAGGUGGAAAAGAUGUUGCUCUACUACGAUGGCGAAACCGUCUCCGGCAAGGUAAAUGUGACACUGAAGAAGCCCGGCAGCAAACUGGAGCAUCAGGGCAUUAAGAUCGAGUUUAUUGGACAAAUUGAACUGUUCUAUGAUCGGGGUAAUCAUCACGAGUUCAAGUGCCUUGCGAAGGCGUUAGCCCGCCCCGGCGAUCUGAUCCAGAACAACAGCUAUCCCUUCGAUUUUCCCAAUGUGGAGAAACAGUUCGAGGUCUAUGCCGGUUCCAAUGUGCGCCUGCGCUACUUUCUGCGGGCGACAAUUGUGCGAAGGAUUAGCGAUAUCACGCGGGAGGUGGACAUUGCGGUGCACACGCUCUGCAGCUAUCCGGAAAUGAACAAUCCCAUCAAAAUGGAGGUUGGCAUCGAGGACUGUCUGCACAUUGAGUUCGAGUACAACAAGAGCAAAUACCAUCUGAAGGAUACAAUCAUUGGGAAAAUCUACUUUCUGCUCGUCCGGAUCAAGAUCAAGCACAUGGAGAUUGCGAUCAUCAAGAGAGAGACGACCGGUACGGGCCCCAACAUCUUCAACGAGAACGAAACGAUUGCCAAGUACGAGAUCAUGGAUGGAGCGCCGGUGAAAGGCGAAAGCAUACCCAUACGAGUAUUCCUGGCUGGCUAUAAUCUAACGCCAACCAUGCGGGACAUUAACAAGAAGUUCUCGGUCAAGUAUUUUCUCAAUCUGGUGCUGAUGGACACCGAGGACCGGCGGUAUUUCAAGCAGCAGGAGAUUACGCUGUGGCGCAAGGCCGACAUACCGCGCUACCAUGUGACCCAGCAGCAGCAUCAGCAGCAGUCGCACCAUCAGCAUCAGCACGUGCCCCUCCAUGCGCCGCCACAUCUGGUGAGCGGGCCCGCUGCGCCCACCGUCGCCCACUCGCUGAUCAGCAGCAGCACGGACAGCGAGGGCGCGGCCAUUGGCAGCGCGGGCGCCCAAGCGGAAUCCAAAAUGGGCCUGUUUACGCGGGAGAGCCCCAACCAGGAGUUCAGCCAACAGCAGCUUGACUCACCGCUGCCCAAUUCGCCGAUGACGCCGAGCAACGAGAGUCAUGGGAUUGGUUCAGCUGCUGCUGGCGAACGGGAACGAGGGAUGGGCGAUGGCGCUGCGGCAGCCACAACAAGUGCCUCGCCAGUGGCCAUGCUGUCCAGCACGCCGCCGCCGCUGCUUAACGCUGGCCCASCAACUGGCAGCUUAACUGACGUUGGCGUAGGCACUGGAACGAUGGAGCCUGUACAGCACGCUGCGGGCGAUGGCAAUAUGGACGAGGAACAGCCACUGCAAAAUGAGCAAAACGUACAAGAAGAGCAACAGCAGCAGCAGCCCCCACAGCCGCAACAACGGUUACAACUGGUGCCAGAUGAUGAACUAACGGACGUGGCGCUGCCCACGCCUCCAGCUGCGGCCACGGCAACGGGCAAGAAGGUCAACGCAUCUCCUCUGAGUGCGGAUUGAAUGCCAAACGGAAUGCGUUUACGAUUUCCGCAACAAGAACAAGAACAACUCAAUGGCUAGCGUUAGCUAUAAUAUACAUAUAUAUAUAUAUAUCUAUGCAUAUACAUAUAUAUGUAUACAUCUAUUUUUUUAAUACCUAAUUUAAAGUUGUUAAAGGCAAAAAUAUUUUAUUGAAGUUAUGCGCGCAACUUAAUAUCCACUUUAUCCACUAGCAAAAACACAAAUACACACAAACACACCAACACACACACACAUAUAUAUAUAUAUAUAUAUACAGAUGUACUUGAUGCCCUAUAAAAAUUUCAAUGUACACAGACGCUAUUAAUACACUUUCCUCUCGCACGCUCUUUAGGCUCGAUCGAUGUGCAUUAGGCAGUCAGAGAAAUCUUUGUAUAUUUGCAAUACGAAAUAUUUAUAUAAUGAAAAGCGAAAAGAAAAACAAAAACAAA